AUGAGUCUCUCCCAAUUCUCUAACAUUGCAUUCUCCCAGUUCUCCGAAAGAUUGAGUUUGGAUCGUCUCAGGUCAGAUGCUGGGUCCUUGACCACCCGUAUGGGAAGCAUCAGACCUCCUCAAGAGUUCUUUGACUUCAGAAGACUCUCAAAACCGGAAAACUUUGGGGAAAUCCAAAGUAGAGUUGGUUACAACUUGGGCUACUUCUCUUCUAAUUAUGCAUUAAUUGCUGCCUUAUUCUUUGUUUAUGCCUUGAUCACCAACUUAUUGUUAUUAUUUGUUAUCAUCUUUGUGGUCCUCGGUGUUCUUGGAAUCAAUAAGUUACAUGGUGAAGAUUUGGUUUUGCCAUUCGGUAGAUUAACUACCAGUCAAUUGUAUACUGGUUUAUUGUGUGUUGCUAUUCCUUUAGGUUUCUUGGCCAGUCCAAUCUCUACUAUGAUGUGGUUGAUCGGUGCUUCUGGUAUAUCUAUCUUUUCUCACGCCGCUUUUAUGGAAAAACCGAUCGAAACUAUCUUUGAGGAACAAGUUUAA